AUGAAGAACCUUCUCGUUGGCGUGGACGAGCAAAUAAUGCAAAUCACCGCCUACUUCACCGAUUUCCACGCGGGCGAGAGCGGCGAUUCGAUGAUCGUGUGCGGGCCGCCGAAGAGUGGACGUCGUUCGGCGAUUACACAGGCCUGGGAAGAAGCCAGCCAAUCGUGCUCCAAGCUGAAGCUCCAGUUCAUCGAUGGCCACGAGGCGGACAUGCGCAACAACACCGAAUUCCUGAGUCGUAUCGACGACGCGAAGAAGGCCGCCAAAAAUAAGGUCAUCUUGGUGGUUAGAGGCGCUGACGCGCUCGUGAAAUCGAACGAAAGCCUCCUGUACGCGCUGCUCGACCUCAGCCGCUCGGGGCGCAAUUUCUUCAUCGUGCUCGUCGUCUGCCACCAGGAUUUCGUCAUGAGCGUCGAGAAGCGCAUCCGGUCGCGCCUUUCGUCGAAGAAGGUCAACUUCCCGGGGAGGCAACAAGCGUUGCAGGAGUUUUUGAAGAACUACGAGAAGCUUCUGGCGGCCGAUCCGGUGUUGGGGAAGCUAAAAGCGCUGAAGAGCGACCCGAAAAUAUUGGCGUUACUUGAGGAUUGUCAUGUAAAGAACUGCACAUCCUUCUAUCGCCUCAAACGCGCGCUAGCACUACUCCGAGCGGAAGUACUCGAAAACGAGGACCCAACGCAAAAGGGCCUCAUCGCCGCGGCUUGCUACUGGCUGAAGCUGACGAAUGGGUGGGAUGACGAGCUGCUGCAGCAGUUGGAAGGUCUCCCGCGCCAGGCUACCGCACUACUGCUGUGUGCUGUCCGGCGGGCAAACGCCAAGGGCUACGAGGCGCCCAUCACCUAUCAGCGCAUUGUCAAAGAUUACCUCCUGAUGGCCAACACGGUCAACAACACAUUCCGCGACACGUCGGACGGGUUUUUGCGGUACAAGGAGCUCGAUCGGCUCAACGAGAUGCGCCUCAUCAUCGUGUGCGACCGAAAGGCGGUGAUGCUUCAUAACAAACAGUUCGUGCUGGCCUGCUCGACGGAGACGCUGCUGCAAGAAAUUCAGCACCUAGACUUCCCCGCCGACGUCGUCCGCUGGGCCAGCGAGGAGCCGCUAGCCGAU